AUGGCGGAGAGGAAGGGAGGAGCGGCGAGAAAGGAGGAGGUGGUCACCAGGGAGUACACCAUCAACCUCCACAAGCGCCUCCACGGCUGCACAUUCAAGAAGAAGGCACCCAAUGCCAUCAAGGAGAUCAGGAAGUUUGCACAGAAGGCUAUGGGCACCACCGACAUCAGGAUUGAUGUGAAGCUCAACAAGCACAUCUGGAGCAGCGGAAUCAGGAGCGUGCCACGGAGGGUUCGUGUGAGGAUUGCCCGCAAGAGGAACGACGAGGAGGAUGCCAAGGAGGAACUCUACUCCCUUGUCACCGUCUCUGAGAUCCCUGCCGAGGGCUUGAAAGGGCUGGGAACCAAGGUCAUUGAUGAAGCCGAUUAA